AUGUCGGAAACAGCGCCUAUCCCCAUCAUCCUCUGCGGAAAGACAGAGUUUAUCGGCCAGCGCGUUAUCGAAGCUGUAAAACCCGAAAUUGAAGUCGUUCACUUCGUCUUGCCCGGAGAAUCAGGAAAGAUCAUCAUCCCCGAACUACUUCGCGGAAACCAUCCUCCGCCGCAUCCCGAGGCCAGCACCAUAGGCUCAGGAAACUACGCUCAAGUGCCCUGUGCGAUAGUUUUGGGUGGUGCCUUUGAGGAUGCAGAUAUAGCCGCUUUGCGCGAUGCUGUGAAAUCCGUUGAUGGAGUGCGCGGUGUCGCGUGGGUGCGACAGGAUACUACCCAGCCUGCACCUCCGGUUACGUCGCCUGAGUACCCUAAGCUUAUGACCAAGAGAACGAAGGAAGCAAUUAUCCAGUUGCAUAAGGAUGGGAAGUUGGAUGGAAGCCGAGAUGAGAUUGAAUGGUAUUAG